AUGUUGAGCCCGCCGGCGCUGGAGAACAACGAUCAGUUUCUACGCCUGGCGACGGUGUUCGGCAACCACCAUCUGCCGGUGCCCCAGGUCUUCAGCACCAACCUCACCAGCGGUUUUUUCCUGAUGCAGGAUCUUGGCUCACAACACCUGCAGGAAUUGUAUGGCACCGCCACAGAAACGCCCGCGCUGACGGCGGCGAUAGAAACCCUGGUGCAACUCUCGACAGUAGACGAUCCGGCGAUACCACCCUAUACCGCUGAACGACUGACAACCGAGCUUGGCCUGUUCGACGAAUGGUUUGUGCAGAAAUUUUUACAGCAGCAACUUGAUGAAGCCACUUUCCGCAGCAUCUGCUCACAGCUGGUGGACAGUGCCGAGCAACAACCUAAAAGUUGCGUGCAUCGUGAUUACCAUUGUCGCAACCUGCUGUAUCAGAACGGCCGCCUGGGCAUUGUCGAUUUCCAGGUGAAGCAGUGGUUUGACUACAUGGCGAUUCAAAGACAACUGAAGGCGAUUGGUAUUUUUGCACGCCUGCUCACUCGGAGCUGUUUUGAAAAUCCUCGCCCGGAAUGCAACGCGCGUAUGAAAGCUAUGAUCCUCGCCGCGGGUAAAGGGACACGCCUGGCGCCGCUGACAGAUACCACACCUAAACCCCUGCUGGAACUCGCUGGCAAACCGCUUAUUGUCUGGCAGAUAGAAGCCCUCGCCGCGGCGGGUGUACAACAGGUUGUUAUUAAUCUGCAUCACCUGGGCCAGCAAAUCAGCAACACGCUGGGAGACGGCAGCGGCUAUGGUGUAGACAUCUGUUACAGCCAGGAGCCGGAGUUGCUGGAAACAGGCGGUGGCAUCAUUAACGCGCUGCCCCUGCUUGGCGAUGAACCGUUCUGGUUACUCAAUGGUGAUAUCUGGACAGAUUUUGAUUUCAGUCAGCUGCCACAGAACCUGCCGGAAAAUCGACCCGUUCACAUUGUGCUCACCGACAAACCCGCGAAUCGUACAAGUGGUGAUUUCACAUACCAGGAUGGCCAGGUUACCGGCCGCGGCGGCGAGUACGUGUACUGCGGCAUUGCCGUUAUCAACCCACAGCUGUUCAAGGGCCAGGCGACCCGGCAUUUCUCUUUUCGCGACACGCUGUUUGCCCUGAUCAGGUCCGGCAAACUCGGUGCUCAGAUACAUGCAGGGCGCUGGCAUGACAUCGGCACGCUGGCUGUAGGCGCAACCUGCGCUGUCAUCUGGGCACCUGCCGACCCGCUCUGGCUGUCUGUUGCCAUAAUUUGCGGCAUCGGCCUGGGUCAUCUUUACGACCAUUGGGCACACCUGCAUCAUGACGAUGAUCAGGCGACACUGAGCCGAAUUGGCCAACGUCACCAGACACACAGAUCACCUCACCUGGAGUAUCUGUUUGCAGGCCUCGGCCGCAUUGCCAAAGCUGCCGGCCAGGUACAACCAGAACACAUCGCCUAUACCGAAAAGGUGAUGACGCAGAUGGGCCUGACAGUGCCGGUGCGACAACAGGCCAAAGCCUGGUUCCGAGAUGGUAAAAACAGCAACUUUCCAAUCCAGGCACUCUCCCGCGAGUGUCUGCAACCCACUGAACAGGGCUCGGCAUCACGGCAGAGCAUGUUGCGCUGCUUUUGCACACUGGUCGCCAUAGAACCCUCUGAUGCCGCUCUGUCGCAACUGAAACUGUUAGGCGGCUAUCUCGGCUUUGCGCCGAAUCGAGUAGCACGUGAGUAUGGCGAUAUCGCCAGCCGCUACCAGAGACAGACCUCAAAACAGGACAAACCAUCGGCAAAGACGGAUCAGAACGCUGCACCCGAUCCCGCGUUAAAGGCGGCGUAUGCCCUGCUGCAGGUUGAUACAAAGGCCACCUUUGAUAGGGUCAAACACGCUUAUCGUCAGCAGGUGAGUCGCAGUCAUCCCGAUAAAUUAGCGGCCAACGCCACCCCGGCAGACAAGCAGGCGGCGCAGGAUAAAAUGGUGGCCCUGCGCAAUGCACUGGAGCUGAUCAAAGCCCACUCUAUCUAA